CUAAGUCUCCUACGCCUUCAGUUAAGAAAAUGGUAUACAUUUGAUAUUCUUCCACCGAUAUUAUUAGACUUGUAACUACUUUCCAUAACAUUAGGUUGUAAGAAUAUUGGAACAUUCGCUGAAAAUCAGUAAAUUAGUCACGUGCGGGGUAAUAAUGGAAAUCUUUAUCAGAAAAUAAAUAUUUGGCCAUACGAUGAGUGGAAAUAGUUAACCAGUGAGGAAGUUUGAGAGUUUAUAUUGAUUUAAGGAGUCAUUGUUGUAUUUUACCAGAUUUUUUUUACUAUAAUGAUCAGAUGAAAUAGGUGCUCUGCUUAUGUGACAACAUUGUAAUGAAUAACUGAUCUGGGUUUGAAAUCGUGAAGGAUGAGCAGUGAAUCACAUGGUUUUGGACAAAAACUGAGAUUAUUUUCGGAAACUGGAUACCAUUUGACGAUAAGGAAUGAUGGAACUGUGGAAGGUUCAGAAGAGGAUGAUAAUCCAGAAUGUUUCUUAGAACUCAUUAGUGCCGGACCUGGACUUGUCCAGAUAAAAGGUAUGGACAGUAAUCUUUGUCUUUGCUUCAAUGAAGAAGGCCAACUUUAUGGAGAACAAGAAUUCUCACAUGAAGGCACAGUGUUUCACGAAACUCUGGAAGGCCUAUACAACGCCUACAAAUCAGUGAAGCAUCCUGACUGGUUCGUGGGCAUCAAGAAAAAUGGAAAACCUAAACCUGGACCGAAAACUAAGUAUGGUCAGAAGGCUGUAAGAUUUUUACCAAGAAGACUGAGAGUAUAGCGAUAGCGACUAGCACAGAAAAAGUUAUUUUUAUUCUCAUCUAUUCGCUUUGAACAAAUUUGAUCAUGACAAAAAUGUUUGCUUCUUUUCAUCAGUGUCAGGGUUCUUAUAUUCUUAGUAGAUAUAAUAUGUGCAGAGGUGUUUUAUUGAUA